GACAUGCACUCGGCAUUUUGGCGCCGAAGCCAAUCGCACCAGCUUUCAUCACCUGCAUCACGCUGCUUUUGCGGUUUGGCGAAACGACUGUCGCUUCCUUUAUUUUUCGAUUCGCGCCGAGUGCGAUUUCCUUGGCUAGAUUUCGGCAUCGCUAUUGGAUCUUUGCAUUUUAGAAUAUAUUCCUCGCACGGCUGCUAUCAAGCGGAACAACCACCGGGCUUGCCCAUCUAGCCCGCCACGAGCGCCUAUCCAGUCGAGAUGCACCAACGCGAUCUCUUCAGAGCACGAGUGGUCGCCAGCAUAGCUGCGACUACUAUUGCCCUUGCCUGUGGAACAAGUUAUGUGUACUCAGCGUGGGCUCCCCAGUUUGCCGACAAGCUCAAGUUGUCUGCCACCCAGAGCAACCUGAUCGGCCUGUUUGGUAAUGUCGGCAUGUACGCAACAGGUCCUCCCGUUGGCAUCUUCAUUGACCAUCAGCGACUCGGUCCUCGUCCUGCCGUCCUGGCCGGUGCAUUUCUCAUGGCCGUCGGAUACUUCCCCCUUUACCGUGCCUAUGCGACUGGCUCUGGCUCUGUGCCUCUUCUAUGCUUCUACAACUUCCUUACAGGCUGGGGCAGUUGUCUCGCCUUCUUGGCUGCUGUGAAAACUUCAGCAAUUAACUGGCCGCAGCAUCGUGGCACCGCUACGGCCUUUCCCUUGGCCGCGUUUGGAUUGAGCGCUUUCUUCUUUUCCUUCCUAGGCUCCUUACUAUUCCCUGGUAACCCAAGCGCAUUUUUGGAACUUCUAUCUUGGGGCACCUCUGGCCUCACCCUGCUCGGGUUCUUCUUCCUGAAAACAUACUCCGACACUUCGUAUGAAGCUGUUCCUGAUUCAGACGCCGACCAGGAGCAUCGAUUCGUCACUCAUGAUGCUAGACAGCAUAACGAGCCAGCCUCAACAUCCCCCAAUUUUCCCUCCGUUCCCCCGCUCGAGGCAGCUGGUGGCCUUGAGACGUCUCCGCUCGUCUCCGGCACAGCUACUCCUCACAACGAAGAAGCCGCAACAGCUAUUGAUACAGACCGCUCUCUCCGAGUAGAUAUUCGAGGCAUCCAGCUCCUCUUUAGCUUGGAUUUCUGGCAACUUUUUGCCAUUAUGGCUAUCCUCUCUGGCGUUGGCCUCAUGACAAUCAACAACAUCGGCAACGACGUAAAUGCCCUUUGGAAGAAGUACGACGAAAAAGUAGGAGAGGAAUUUCUUGUCCAUCGUCAACAACUGCAUGUCUCCAUAUUAUCGGUUUGCAGUUUCGUUGGGCGUCUUCUGAGUGGAAUCGGUUCCGAUUUCCUGGUAAAGAAGUUGCAAGCCAGCCGUGUCUGGUGCCUUUUCCUCGCCGGAGUCAUUUUCCUAGUAGCGCAAUUCUGCGCCGUUAACAUUACCAGCCCGCUCUAUCUCUUCGCAGUAUCAAGUCUCUCCGGUAUGGCCUACGGCUUAUUAUUUGGCGUGUUCCCUUCUAUCGUUGCGGAAACAUUUGGUAUCCGUGGAAUGAGCCAGAACUGGGGGUUCAUGACCAUUGCACCAGUUAUAUCUGGUAACAUGUUCAACUUGUUUUAUGGCACCGUGUACGACCAUCACAGCAUUGUUGAACCCGAUGGUAAGCGGAAUUGCCACCAAGGGCUGGAGUGCUAUCGUUCCGCAUAUCUUGCAACAUUUAGCGCCUGCGCUGUUGGCCUUGUUGUUAUUCUGGCGGUCAUUCGUCACCAGUACUUGGCAAAGCUUAAAGAGACUAACAAGGCACAUUUGGAAGACUGAUUGUGUCUGCAGCGGAUGAACCACAUUAUUGUAAAUAUUUCUUUUACUCAAGUUAAUACAUAAUCAUAAGCUGUUAAAUGUUGCCGCUAAUACACCUCGUGUACGUCCCUCGCCAGUUCACCCUCAAAAAUGCAUGUAUUCAAAACCUAGCCAACAAUGCCUCAUGGAAUACCACCAAACCUCAAGAUGACCCUUCCACCGAAUGACAGUUUGGUAAAGGCAAUGAAACGCCACAAUAUGCUAAAUAGAAAGUAGAAUGUGCAAAGAAAGUGAAAAGAAAAAAAAGCGAGACUGCCAGACCUGUGGGUUAUCUAAUAUUUUAGAUAACCGGCUAGCUGGCGGAUUAGGAAUUAUUUACCAAGCAUGUUGGCGCAUGAAAUCGCAAGUAUUCUUACAACAAUGCUAAUUGUAGAGGCUGAUAGAGGCUCCUCAUCCCAUCAUGCUGCUUUUCCUGUCUUCCUUGUCUCAUGAGCAUUGCCUUCAAACAUGGAGCUAAUACUGGCAAGAGACCAAGUAUUUGAGGUUGCAUGGAGAAUGACGAGCCAAGCAGCUAUGAUAUUGACAAGAUAGUGUAGCAUGUAGGCAUGGGAUACGCCAUACAACGCGGCGCAAAGAGCGGUGCAAAAUAGGAAAAUGCUGGUCACAUGGCGGAGACCACUUGAUAUUUGCGGAACCAUCCUUCCAGUCGUGAGGUUUUCCACCAGCAGAAUAAAGGGCAUAAUAGAGAGAACGUUGUGGUGGGAAGAGAAUGGUGUUAGCCAAUGGACAGCCAGGUUCCGGAUCCAAACUGCCAAGAUAGGUAGGUUGAUGGGUAGAACCCACAUCAUAAGGAGCAGAAUAGAGUGGCAAUAAUGGUAAUAGUUUGCGUUCGAGAGCGAUGGGUUCACAGUCAAGAUCCUCAAUGCUCUGGUAGAUGUGAAUAACUGGACAAGGCAUGCCACCAGGUACGCAAACUGAUACGGAAUAAAUGUCGAGACCAGAAACAGGAGUAUCGCGGUUGAGAGCAUACGCCUACGUGGGGUAGAAGCAGCAAUAACCGGUAAGCUUGCACUGGCGGUAUCGAUACCCAUCGCUGCCGCCCUAGUGCUUCUAAGUAGCCCAUACAGAAUAGAGAAGAUCUUGGUGAUGGCUAGGAUCAUAUAAUGAAGAGCUGUGCAGACUCCAACACACACAAGGCCAAUAAUAGGUACAAUGGCUGUAAACAAUGGGUCAUCGGUACCAAUAAGCAGGUCAUUUCGAUGAAAGUCAACUUCAGAAUGUGGUACUGCUCUUGUGCGGUUCCAAAUUCGGCCAUUGCGAAUGUACGGGGCACCACCAAUAGAUGCUGAUAAUAGUGUCAUGGACAGGAGCAACAGAGGGAUAGAGCGUCGUAAGCUCAUGUCCAGGCCUUCAGAAAAUGGAAUGAAUGUGCCUGUCUCGUCAUACACUCGGAACUGCUUCCGUAGAACAAGAGUGACAAUGAGAAGGGGGAACGCAGCAAACACUGUGCGAUAUCUCAUAUACAAUUUCCCAAGACUGCCAAUGGCAUCAAACUGCACCUCAAUAGAAAGAGGCAUGCCACAAGUUGGGUCAGACCAAAACUGAAGAGCGAUACCUUCAGCUGCUUGUGGUUCCAAUGCUGGUGGCAUAUAGGGUGCGAUUCCGUGCAGACUAAUGUCUGCAUUUUCCACAUUAACGAAGAACUUCGAUUCGUGGGGCUGAUCAAGAUACUGUCUCAACAUUGGGGAGAAAAGGGGAUUUCCUUGGCAUUGGCCAUGCUUCACCUGCAGGUUAUACGCCAGCAAGCUCGACUGCAUCGCCGGUACCAGAACGUCGACAGACAAGGGGCGAUCUUGGGGAAGCUCAAAAGUAACACCUUCCAUCAAGAGUUGGCCCAAAGAAACAUCAACCACGUGGGUAGAAUCUAUGGCAUCGAUGAACUCGGCAAUGACAAAGCUGUUGCUAGCUGAGCCGGCUUUGUUGAUGACGGCGAUAAAUUGGUACUCGGCGAGAUGGCUCAUCUUGUAUUGCAGGUACGAAAACGGUCUGAUUUCUGCCUCGUUUUCCAAAUAAAAUGGGUGCUUUGUAAAAGGUGUUGAAGCGGGUAGCAGGACGCUAUCAGCAUGUGCAUUUUUGCACAGAAGCUGGGUCGUCGCUCUAUCACUCUCGGCCAGAUGUAUGGUCGUUGCGUAGUUCGCGGAGCCAUCAGCAUUCUGAGCGGUAUGUGUUCCACAUAGGAGAACUUCAAGUGGUCCGUGGCCACCGCUAAUAUCUAGCGCUGUAUCGGAAAGCAGAGUGAAAUGCUGGUUCUCGAGCUGUCCUGCAGCAGGAAUUGGAAAGAGAUAUGUUUCGGUACGAGCAACUGAUCCGAGAUUUCGCAACACUAAUCUCUCACCCGCGGGGAUCAUAGACGAUGUCUUAUCAUCCAGAGUGAGUAAGGCGGUUUGAGAUUCUUGUAUGCCGGGUUUUUCUGCAUUAGCCUCUAAUCCAGUUAGGAAAUGCUUCACAAAUGUUCUCAUGCGCUCUGCUCUUGGCCUCGUCUGACUAGCACGAUUCACAUCAACAAUGUCAUAGAGUGCUCGUGAAACCACUUUGCGGAAUUGAUCACACCAUAGAAUGGCUUGGUGAUCGGCGCUAGUCCACACUGUUGGGAUACCAGUAGUGUAAACCGUGAAGCCGUGCGUUUCGGGUACAAGAGAUUCUAAGCUGGCAUAAUCAGAUGGAACGACGGUGUCCAGACUGCCACCUGCAAUUGAUACAAGAGUGACGUGCCACAGCGGGUUGUUACUAGCCCACUUUUGCGCAUACGCUUCUCUCCAGUAGUCGUUUAUUUCGUCAUAUAUUUGUACAAUCUGCCCAUCGAACGUUACUGGAGGUCUCGCGUGUGGUGCAGACAUGGUAAUGAUUGUGUUGAUGGAGUUGAGCUGAUAGUUUGGCUGGAUGAGCAUCGUUCGAGCCACAACGCCGCCCAUUGAGUGGCCAACGAUGAUGACAGAAGAUGGGUCUGGUAAGCCCGCAUCUCGUGCUGUCCGGGUUGGGUCGGAGUAGAGCGUCAAGAUAAAGCGGACUGCCUCAUUGAGGUACUCCGCCUGGUCAAGAAGUGUUUGCCCAUGGAAGGCAGUAAUAUCUUCGUUAAAGUCAACAGUAAAGAAAUCGAGGUUUCGAAUACCAUGCGCCACAGAGGAUCCGUCAUGUUGAAGCUGUUCGUAGAAAUAGCUUGAGGCUUCUGCAGCAAUCGGGCGGACUUGUUUGUAGCUUCCAGCAUUACCAGGGAUAAAGAGCACGGGGACGCCACGUAACUUAUGCUCGUCAUCGAAGCCUUGCUCACGGUACAAGUAUAGAGAAUAUUUUGUUGCGAAUCGAGUGUGUUCCGUGUCGAAUUCGUGAUAAUGUAUGUAGCUCGGCCGCAUAUAGGACAUCCGGCAGCCUUUUGGUUCCAAUUGCCGGGAUACUAGGGAUCUCAGGAUUGUGCCCAGUAAAAUGAGACCGAGAGUAGCUGUUACAAAGGCAAGUUUCGAUAUGGACCAUGAUCCGUGGCGGUUUUUCGCUGGUGACGUAGUGGUGAUUUUCUUGGAACGGCCCGCGGCUAUAGAUGCUGCUGGGAGUGAAGGGGAUUCGGGAGGCGCAUGAGUCAAAGUGCCCUUGUCGGUAGUUUGGUCAAUGGUACCGUUUGGAGGGUUCCAGUCCAAAUUACUCGGCCUGCGAGGUUUUCGAGACGACGAGGGACGCGACGUCGUCGCCGGCUUGGAUUCGUGGUUGUCGCGGUCCAAACGAGGCUUGUCCGGAUCGCGAGGCGAGCUGGAGCCAUCGGCGCUGCCGCCAGGCACAGCUGCCCGUCUUGCCAUGUGGUCGAAAUGCUGUAUAUGAUGGUCGGCGCGAUGAGGCGGGAAGGAAAAGACGUGCCGUCGACCUUUGCAAGGACGGGGGGUGGCUGCUAGCGGCGCAGUUUUCCAGAUGUGGUCAAAAAUACACCACACACAGUUUUUAGAAAGAAAAAAACACGGUGCGCCUUAAAGCAAUUGGUGCCGUAAAUAAUACAUGCCGUCGAACCGGUACCGAUGGGAAAAGAGAACAAGAGCUGGUCGAACGAGUGGUGGCUAGCUCUGUCGCCGGCAAGGACCUGGACAGCGCGUUGAAGCGGGUGGAAGAGAUAUUUUGGCUGGG